GUGUCAGUGGGAGGAAUAGUCCCCCAUUGUGCAUUGGGAGGUGCCCCUAUCAUUGUGCCCCCAUCUUUGGUGUCAGUGGAGGAAAGUGUCAAGUGGGAAGAAGUGAAUAGUGCCCCAAACAUAGCUGAUCAGUGGGGGGGCCCCAUCGUUCGGUAAUCAGUGGGAGGAAGUAUGCCCCAUCCUUUGGUGUCAAGUGUGGGAGGAAUAUUGGUGCCCAUUGGUCAUUGGUGCCCCAUUGUGGGGGGAAUAG